GAAGACCGACCCAUUAUUAUUCCCUCUUCCCUUUCAUCUACCCCGAGAAAAUCAACAGAAGCUUCUGGAAUUCCCCCAAUUCAUCAUCCUCCAUUGCCACCCAUCUCGAUUCGCCAUGAGCUCCGCCGCCCAAACCCGACCGCCCAGUUCCGAAUCUCACUCCUCCGAUUACGCCCCAUACCCGAAGCUCGACCCCAACGACACCGCUCCGGUCUCCCUCGGUUCUGAUCAUCCGCCGCCGGCAAAGGAACAUCCCACCUCUCCUCCGCCCUCCGGUGGCCCCGCCCCUAUAUCCGGAUCCGCCGCUACCUCCAUGCCUUCAGAAUCUAACCCUUACGUCUCGCCGGCUCCGGCGGCCGCUCCCGGUUCCUCCGUUAAAAAUACGAUGGAUACAAUUAAGGAUGUUUUGGGGAAAUGGGGGAAGAAGACCGUUGAAGCAACGAAGAAGGGCCAGGAUCUUGCUGAGAACAUGUGGCAACAUUUGAAAACUGGUCCCAGUAUGGCUGAUGCUGCAGUUGGGAGAAUUGCUCAGGGGACCAAGAUUUUGGCAGAAGGUGGUUAUGAGAAAGUGUUUAGACAAACAUUUGAGACUGUUCCGGAGGAGAAACUGGUGAAGGCGUAUGCGUGCUACUUGUCUACUUCUGCCGGCCCUGUUAUGGGACUUCUUUACCUGUCUUCCGCAAAGAUUGCAUUUUGCAGUGAUAAUCCACUCUCUUACAAAGUCGGGGACCAAACUCAAUGGAGCUAUUACAAGGUGGUUCUUCCAAUCCACCAGCUGAAAGCAGUCAAGUCUUCAGCUAGCAAAAUCAAUCCUGCCGAGAAGUUUAUCCAAAUAAUCUCUGUUGACAAUCACGAGUUCUGGUUCAUGGGAUUUGUGAACUAUGAUAGUGCUGUCAAAUGUUUGCAAGGUGCCUUGCUUUGACAUUCUUGAGGCUUUCAACCAUCCUCAGAUGAGAACCAGCUUGUUGUAUUGCAUGGUUUGUAUUUGAAUGUGCAAGUAUUAUAUAUAUAUUGCAUGACUUGUAUUUGAAAAUUUCUGAAUGACUCGUGUAGCAAGUGAUUGUAAAAAUCAAUUAUACCAUUUGUACUUGGAAAUUGGAAUCUCAAAAUAGAGUAUACUUUUGGAAGUGAAUGCAAAAUAGAUUUAUUAGUCAAUC